AUGUGGCGCACGCUGCGGAGUAACAGGAGACCACAGAAGCGGCCAUACACACCGCAUGUUGUGUGCGCACCGACUCCAUCAAAGAGACUGACCGUCAAUCCGUCGUCGAGGGAACGUCCAUCACCGUCGCACAGAGUCCUCAUCGGCCACAACGCUCCCUCCACGCGGAGUGUUUGGUCCUUCCUCCUUGUGGUGCUGCAAUAUUUGUGUGACCGGCCACUCAACAGCCGCCAACGGCACAGCACCAGUCCAAGGUGCUGGAGCAUCGCACGGCGCGUUCUCCCAGCAGAUCAUGUCAGAUGGCAUAACCGCACGGCAACCCCAAUUGUGAUGCACAGACCUGAAGCGGAGAUGCAAAGAGUCAUGCGGACGAACCUUCUUUCACUGCUCUCAUUUCGGGGAACUCGACAACAAGAAUGCCGGCGGUGCGAUCAUUGUGACAGUUCCAUCCGCACCGCCACUGUCCAAAAGGUUACUGUGAGUCCACGGCGUGGAAGUCAGCGUGUGCGCCGUUGCUGUCCCCGCCGCCCCACCACCACACAGCCGUUCCAACGCGGCGGAUUGGAGCGUCGUCAAAGGCAUCCACGGGCGCCAACACACCGAGGCCCAUAG